UCUCAUUUGAGUCACAAACUUCUAUAAAAUCUACGUUCCAUUCAUUUAUUCACUACCUACCUUAACUCAAUAAUGGCACUACAUUUUCCCCCUCAUCUUCAUUUUCCUUUAUUAUUUCUAAUCACUAUCUGCCUAUGUAUGAAUUCCACCUUUGCAGAAAAAGCUCUGAAUUUGUAUCCAUUUUUUCAAGUUUAUGCUAAUGGAACUGUUCAUAGGUAUGAAGAGAUCAAGUUUGUCCCUCCAUCAAACAAUCCCAAGACAGGAGUUCAAUCCAAAGACGUUGCAAUUUUGCCUCAAAAAGACGUAUCAGCACGACUUUACCUGCCCAAAAUCAGUAGAAAAAAUCAGAAAUUUCCUCUUCUUUUUUACAUCCAUGGGGGAGGCUUUUGCAUACAGUCAGCAUUUUCUCCCCUGUAUGAUAGUUACCUCCACAAGCUAACAGCUCAGGCAAAUGUAUUGGUCGUAUCAAUUAAUUACAGACUAGCUCCAGAGCAUCCAAUUCCAGCAUGUUAUGAUGAUUCAUGGGAUGUAAUGAAUUGGGCUGCACGAGGGAAAGAGCCCUGGCUUAAACAACAUGCCAAUUUUUCUCGUGUUUUCUUAGCUGGUGAUAGCGCUGGAGCUAAUAUUGCUAACAACAUCAUGAUUCGUGCAAGUAAGGAAAGUCAUUUUGUCCUGUCACCAGUGGGGAUGGCACUAGUGGAUCCAUAUUUCGGUAAUGGUAAGCCUGAUGCCUUAUGGACGUAUUUAUGCCCGAAAACUAACGGGAUUGAUGAUCCAAGAUUCAAUCCAGCAGCUCAUCCGAAGAUUCUGUCGAAAUUGAAAUGCUCCAAGAUUUAUGUUUUUACUGCUGGUAAAGAUUAUUUGAGGGACAGAGCUUGGACUUAUUACGAAACAAUGAAGAAAAUUGGGUGGAAAGGUGAAUUGAGGAUAAAAGAAACAGAAGGGGAGGGACAUGUCUUCCAUUUAUUUAAUCCAACUUCUGAGAAAGCCAAGGACUUGAUGAAUACUCUGGUCCACUUCUUGGGUUGUUCUAUGAUAAGACAUGGUAAUUAUGUCAAUUCAGAAUCUAGAGUUAGCGAAUUCAGAAUAACGGUGAUUAUAUUUAUAAAUGUUUUAGCUUUUCUAAUUGCGUAUGCAUAAGUCUAGCUAAAAGCAGGGUUCAAUUGAAUUUGCGCGCUCUGCUUGUGUAUCAUGAAAUGUAAUAAUGCAGUUUACGGUCAUGUAUUGGUUAAUCUUCAGUAUAGGUGAGUAUAGAUGAGCAGCAGGAAAUUUUGCUGUUGAACAUGUAGGGAUAGCAAUGGGCAGUUGCAGUAAGGAUUCAUUUAAAUCUGCAAAAGUUUUAAUCUUUUGCCUUAAAUAACAAUAUUUUCUUAUCAA